UCUCUCUUCCAGGUGGCUGAAGAACUUCCCCCGGUGGAAUCCUGUGCAGUUACGUGGUAUAAUCAGGAAAAGUUGAUUCUCUUCGUCGUAGCCAAAGCUGAUGUAGUAAAGGAUAGCAUCUUUAAAGAACUGCGGAAACGCCUUCCAACUCACGCUCUCCCAGAUGACAUGGUGUUGAUUGAUGCUCUGCCAUUUACGUGCCAUGGAAAAAUUGAUGUUUCUGAAUUAAACAAGAUAUAUUUAGACUACAUAAACUCGGAGCCUAGGAAUAAGAUCCAUGGAAAAGAGGAACUUUGGGAAAAAUUACAGCAUUUAUGGAAGUCUAUUCUGAGUCUCCCUGGGGACCCCGAGGAUGCUUGGAAGGUUCCCGAGGACUCAGUCUUCUUAGAUAGCGGCGGAGAUUCCCUCAAGUCCACGUGGCUCCUCAAUGAGAUUGAAAAACUCACUGGCACAUCCAUGCCUGGGCUCCUGGAGCUUAUUCUCAGCAGACCUAUCUUAGAGGUGCACAACCACAUCGUUCAGACCCUGUUUGCACAGGAGGACCUGAAAGUUAGCAAGGGCUGUGCCACGAAAAGGAAACUCAGUGACACGGCCCCAGAGGAAGCCAGCGGCAAGCCUGCACAGCUGGAGCCAGCCUUGCCCUUUGCCCACGACAGCGAGACAAACGCUCUGAUUGCUCUCAGCAGAGGGAGUCAGCUCCUGUCUCUGGGCACUUGGGGGCAUUUAACUAAGUUAGGACACUGCCCGUCAGUCUGUCCUCCUGAUUUCAUCCCACAGACUGACACUCAAGUACCAAAAGACUUAAGUCCUCCAGUUCCUGAGGAGAAGUUGAAAAAGCCACCAUUUUCUCAGGAGGGGAAACCUACGGCAGGGGCUGAGAUGGUGUUGCGAGAGAGGUGGCGGUCAGACACAGGCAAAUGCGUAGAUGCAUCCCCUCUGCUGGUGAUGGCAGCUGCCGAUCCGUCAUCCACAACUGUGUACAUCGGCUCCCACUCCCACAGAGUGAAAGCAGUCGACCUUUACUCUGGGAAGACGAGGUGGGAACAGCUCCUGGGAGACCGAAUUGAAUCCUCGGCAUGCGUGUCCAAGUGUGGAAACUUUAUUGUAGUGGGCUGCUAUGAUGGAUUAGUUUAUGUUUUAAAAAGUAAGAGUGGAGAAAAAUAUUGGGCGUUUACUACCGAAGAUGCUGUCAAAAGCUCGCCAGCCGUGGACCCCACCACAGGACGCAUUUAUGUUGGGUCUCAUGACCAGCAUGCGUACGCUCUAGACAUUUAUGAAAAGAAGUGUGUCUGGAAGCUAAACUGUGGCGGGAUGCUCUUCUCUUCUCCAUGUUUGAGCCUGAGGCCACAUCACCUGUACUGUGCUACGCUGCGGGGGCUUUUACUGGCUAUAAAUCCUGCUGCUGGGAGCGUAGUUUGGAAGCACCGCUGUGGACAGCCGCUCUUCUCUUCCCCACGGUGUUGCCAGCAGUAUGUUUGCAUCGGCUGUGUGGACGGGAGUUUGCUCUGCUUCACUCAUGCAGGAGAGCAGGUGUGGCGCUUCUCUGCGGGAGGACCAGUCUUCUCAUCCCCGUGUAUCCCAGCAUCAGAACGAGAAAUACUUUUUGGUUCCCAUGAUUGCUUUCUGUACUGCUGUAGCAUGGAAGGUCGCCUCCAGUGGAAAUUUGAGACUACCGCGAGGGUGUAUGCAACUCCCUUUGCUUUCAGUAACCAGAGCUGCAGCAGCGAAUCCCUGCUGGCGGCUGCAUCCACCGACGGGAAGCUGUGGAUCCUUGAGGCUCAGAGUGGCAAGCUGCGAAGUGUGCACACACUCCCGGGGGAAGUUUUCUCUUCUCCUGUGGUCUGGGGAUCCAUGCUUAUCAUUGGGUGCAGAAAUAAUUACGUUUACUGUCUGGAUUUAUUGUGUAGUGAUAAUCAAGUGUAGUCCUUGUAGGUAUAUGUAUGUGUGUGAGAUGGUUGGAAAUACUGUAAAGCUAUGUGGAUGGUUUUAUAUUAAAGAUUCUAUUUUGGGUAAGGAA